AUUCCGAUCCAGCCCAAUCAAACUCGGUCCAACCCUAGGCAGGUAACCCCAAAAAUUUAACCAUCAGCCCUGGAGAAUGAGUUUAUUUACAAAAACAUCCAGUUUCCCUAUCUAAAAUCCAAAAUUCACAGUGAUUUGGUUCUUUUUCUUGCCUACACUCCCUUCUUCAGCAGAGCUUCCGGAGAAACCCUAGCUUUCUCAGCCACUAUGAACUGCUCCAUGUCCGGCGAGGUGCCGGAAGAGCCGGUUGUUUCCAAGAAAUCUGGGCUUCUCUUCGAGAAACGUUUGAUCGAGAGACACAUAUCGGAUUAUGGAAAAUGUCCAAUUACAGGGGAGCCACUAACUAUGGACGAUAUUGUUCCAAUACAAACAGGAAAGAUAGUGAAGCCCAGACCUGUACAGGCUGCUAGCAUACCUGGGAUGCUUGGAAUGUUCCAGAUUGAAUGGGAUGGCUUGAUGCUAUCCAAUUUUGCGUUGGAGCAACAACUGCAUACUGCUAGGCAGGAGCUAAGUCAUGCUUUGUACCAGCAUGAUGCUGCUUGUCGUGUAAUUGCAAGACUAAAAAAAGAAAGGGAUGAAGCAAGGUCUCUACUUGCUCAAUCAGAAAGACAGAUACCCAUGUCAAUGUCAACAGCAACUGCAGUAAAUGCUUCUGCUCUUAGCAACGGGAAAAGAGCUGCGGAGGAUGAGGAGUUGGGUCCUAAUGGCAAGAAACUCCGUCCUGGAAUUUCUGCUAGUAUCAUUACAGAACUUACAGACUGUAAUGCGGCACUUUCACAGCAGCGGAAGAAGCGACAGAUACCUACAUCAUUGGCUCCUAUUGAUGCUGUGGAGAGGUAUACUCAGCUCUCUAGCUAUCCUCUCCACAAAACUAACAAACCAGGCAUUUUAUCUGCUGAUAUCUAUUACUCCAAGGAUAUCAUUGCAACUGGGGGGGUUGAUGCAAAUGCUGUACUGUUUGACCGACAAUCAGGACAAAUCUUAUCCACGCUUAGUGGCCACUCGAAGAAGGUUACCAGUGUGAAAUUUGUUACUCAGGAUGACCUAUUUUUAACUGCCUCAGCGGAUAAGACUGUUCGUGUGUGGCAAGGGUCUGAUAAUGAGAACUAUAAUUGCCGGCACAUCUUGAAGGAUCAUACUGCAGAGGUGCAAGCUGUCACGGUCCAUGCCACAAAUAACUACUUUGUGACUGCUUCUCUGGAUAAUACAUGGUGCUUUUAUGAUCUUUCAUCUGGUUUAUGUCUGACACAGGUGGCAGAUGCUUCAGGAUCUGAGGGCUAUACAUCUGCAGCCUUUCAUCCUGAUGGUCUAAUCCUUGGAACGGGUACCUCUGAGGCUCUUGUUAAAAUUUGGGAUGUAAAAAGUCAGGCAAAUGUGGCAAGAUUUGACGGGCACGUUGGGGCUGUAACUGCUAUAUCUUUCUCAGAAAAUGGUUACUUCCUUGCGACUGCAGCUCAUGAUGGUGUUAAGCUGUGGGAUCUACGAAAAUUGAGGAAUUUCCGGACCUUUACACCAUAUGAUUCAAAUACAGCAACAAACUCUGUUGAAUUUGACCAUAGCGGAAAUUAUCUUGCAAUUGCAGGCUCAGAUAUAAGAGUUUACCAAGUUGCCAAUGUAAAAUCGGAGUGGAACUGUAUCAAAACAUUCCCUGAUUUGUCUGGCACAGGUUUUGCCUCUUAUCUUGCAAUCAUGUGUCACAUUUAUCUUGCAAUCAUGUCACAUUUAUCUUGCUGUCCUAUCAUUCUUCCAUUACGAUCUUCAGUUUUAGUUACAGUUUCCUUGAUGGAUGACUUCUGGUCCUGCAUGCAGGCAAGGCAACUUGUGUAAAAUUUGGUCCAGAUGCAAAAUACUUGGCAGUAGGAUCAAUGGAUCGGAACCUCCGCAUAUUUGGCCUCCCAGGGGAUGAUGGUCCGAUGGAGUCAUAAAACACCUUCAGAUCAACCUUAUUCCGAAAACAACCCUCUCAGUAUUUCCUGCAGUCGCUGGGUCAGUGUAUUUUACAGGCUUUAAGUAAUGGUGGAAUUUUGAGCUUUAUCACAUUUAAUCAUUUGGUGUUUGACUGGAUGCUCUAAUUCCAAAAUGAUAAAAGAGAGUUUUAACGAGAGACUAGAGCCGGUGUAUCCUAAGAAUUCUGCAGCAAACAUCCCUGGGCCCAGCGAGCUAUGGCGCCUGAACUAUCAAUUACCUGUUUCUGUUACCUUGUCAUUGAAAAAUUAGAAUGAAGAGAAUCGUUUUUUUUUCUCUUUUUUUUUUUUGAAUGCGUUAGUAUUUACAAUGAGAUAUUUUAUGGUUGUGGUAAACCAUAACCACUGAGCCCAAUAUGAAUAUUCAGAUUGUGAGA